GAACGUUAUCUCUAACCCCUUCGUUUCCCACCCACCACCUCUCUCCGGCGUGCUCGCUCGCACACAGUCCCCAAUGGCCUCCCGGAACGCCGACCCGCCGCGUCACCACCCCUCGACGCCGCCUCUCCUCCUCGCCAUGCGCCACCUCCCCUUCCCGGGCGUCCACCGGCCGCGCGCGCUCCCCGCCCCGGACCUCGCGCCCCUCGCCGCCCGCCUCGAAGAGCUCGCUGCCGCCGCGGCCGCGCACCCGCUCCUGAAGCCGCUCUUCGCCUUCCACUCCCACCUCGCCGCCUUCUCCCAGAGCAGGAGGCGGGCGAUGGCGACGAUGCGCCGGCGGCGGACGACGGGCGAGUGCCCGCUGUCCGGCGAGCACUGCUUCGCGGCGGUGCUGGGUGACUCCGUGGCCGGUGUGGUGGUGUCCAGCGGCAUCAACAACUUCCUCAGCCUGUACAACACCGUCCUCGUCGUCAGGCUCGUGCUCACCUGGUUCCCCAACACGCCGCCCGCCAUCGUCGCGCCCCUCAGCACGAUAUGUGAUCCGUAUCUGAACAUUUUCCGGGGAAUCAUCCCGCCGCUGGGGGGAACGCUCGACCUGUCGCCCAUCCUCGCGUUCCUGGUCCUCAACGCCUUGUCCAGCACCGCCGCCGCGCUCCCGGCCGAGCUCCCGGACCCAGCACCGCCGACGUCUCGCGGCGCAACCUCGUCAAGCUCCGUGCUCACCGCAAACCGGAGGAAAUGGAUGCGGAGAAUCCGCCCGGUAAAAUCGCAGGAAGGAGAGGAGGAAAUGUGAUGCUCUAUCUAGGUGGGACUUCGUUUGAACCAGUUUGGACAGAUGGAAUCGCUGUCUCACUGACAUGGUGGCCAUCAGACUAAGAGUCUGGGCAUGUUCAGACGCGAACGAUCAUCAAUUAAGCAGGCGGAAUUGUUUUGGUUGUGUUGCUUCAGAAGAUUUUUGCUUGUACGCUGUAGAAUCCAUCCCAUUGAGGCUUCGUGUUUUCUGCAUGUAUGCAGAGGAACAACCUGCUUGACUAGUUUGACAUGUUCCAGUCUUUUGGAUGAGUUUGUUACUUUGUUGAUGAAUCGCAUGCUCACUGUUUAUACUA